GCUUUAUUCUCUUCUGCUGACAGACGGUGCGCGAUCUGAUCGGGACGGAAGGCUUGAAUUUUUUUUUCCCCAACACAGACGGGUUUUACUCGAUGGACAAAGACUUCGUAAAUGUUUUAUAAGAACAAUCAAAUCAGAAAAUUGUACAACGGCUACUCAGAGGGCCUUCGAUUUUUGCUGUAUCUUAAAGUAUUUUCCUUUGUUGGAGAGCCACCUUGGAGACGCAGCUGACUUCUGCUUUUGAGCUGAGAUUUCAUCUCUUACUUGGCCAUUUUGUUGCAUAUCGCAAAUUCUUAAUUCAUCAAGCUUCCUAAGGAUAUCAAAAUGAAUGUCUUUACCGAUGAUGACUUUGAAUUUGCCUUCCUGGAAGAAGGAUUCAAUGCUAGAGAUAUUCUGGAGAGAAAAAUAAAUGAAGUUUCUCUUUCAGAUGACAAAGAUGCUUUUUAUGUUGCUGAUUUGGGUGACAUUGUGAAGAAGCAUUUGCGCUGGCAUCGAGCCCUUCCUCGAAUCACUCCUUUUUAUGCUGUUAAAUGCAAUGAUGAGAAAGCAGUGGUGAUGACUCUUGCUGCUAUGGGUGCGGGAUUUGACUGUGCCAGCAAGAAUGAAAUUCAAAUGGUGCAGAGCCUUGGCAUUCCUGUUGAGAAAAUAAUCUAUGCCAAUCCAUGCAAACAAGCAUCUCAAAUCAAGUAUGCUGCAGCUCAUGGUGUACAGUUGAUGACAUUUGAUAGUGAAGUGGAGCUGGUGAAAGUAGCACGGUGUCAUCCAGAAGCAAAGCUGGUUGUGCGCAUUGCUACUGAUGACUCCAAAGCUGUCUGCCGCUUGAGUGUGAAGUUUGGAGCAACACUUAAGACCUGUAGGUUACUUCUUGAACGUGCCAAAGAGCUGAAAAUUGACGUUAUUGGAGUAAGCUUUCACGUGGGAAGCGGCUGUACUGAUGCCCAGAUAUUUACCCAGACCAUUGCUGAUGCUCGUCUGGUCUUCGAUAUGGGGGCAGAAUAUGGCUUCAACAUGCACCUGCUUGAUAUUGGUGGUGGCUUCCCUGGUUCUGAUGAUGGAAAAUUCAAAUUUGAAGAGUUUGCUGCUGUUAUCAACCCUGCACUUGACAGAUAUUUCCCGGCUGAUUCUGGUAUCAAAGUCAUUUCUGAGCCUGGUCGUUUCUACGUGGCAUCUGCCUUUACAUUGGCUGUCAAUAUUAUUGCUAAGAAGCUUGUCUUUAAUGAACAGGCCGGCUCUGAUGAUGAAGAAGAUGGUAGUGAUGAAGGAACAUUUAUGUACUAUGUAAAUGAUGGUGUAUAUGGAUCAUUCAACUGUAUACUCUUUGAUCAUGCUCAUGUCAUGCCAGUUCUUCUCAAGAGGCAAAAAUCGGAUGAGAAACUGUAUUCAAACAGCAUCUGGGGCCCAACUUGUGAUGGGCUUGAUCGUAUUGUAGAGUGUUGCAACUUGCCAGAGCUUCAGGUUGGAGACUGGAUGGUGUUUGAGAACAUGGGUGCUUACACCCUUGCUGCUGCCUCAACAUUUAAUGGCUUCCAGAGACCCCAGAUCCAUUACGUUAUGUCAAGGCCAACCUGGCAGUUAAUACAGCAAAUCAAGGAAGAUGUGCAUCUCCCUGAAGCUGAUUCACAUAAUGCUGGUGGUACUGUAUUGCCAUCCUGUGCCUGGGAAAGUGGACAAGAACUUCUUUCAUCCUCGUGCACCUCAGCAAGAGUUAGUCUAAACUAUUGCAUGGAGUUCCUUAACCAGCCAGUUGACAAUUAAAUUGGGUAACAUUUUAAAGUGGAUUUCUGGGACCAGUAACUGAAGCAAAAAACUUUUACUUGUAUUUAAAGAUUAAAUCAAAAUUUGUGUAUGCAACAAAAUGGUUGACUAGGAGAUGGGAUCAUUCUAUUUGUUCCUAUGGAAAUCUGUUUACACUUUUAUAACAUUUUGUAUUUUUAUUUGAGCCACAAAUAAAAGUCGAAUU